AUGAUGGGUGUCGAUACAGAUUAUCAGAGCUAUGCCACGUAUCCUGAUCGCCGAGGUUAUCCGUCUCAGCCACAAUAUGGUGGAUGCAGCGCAUAUCCAAGCAGCUCUGGGCGCGCGUAUCAACAUCCGAUUGACCUGACAGCAGACUGGCCACCAGCUAAGAAGCGACCCACCAAGCGCAAGGCUGUCGCAUUAGAGGAACAGUAUGAAGACAAGCCGGCUAAGAAGAAACGAUCCAAGCCCAAGGACGAGGAGAAGCGACUGAAGCGAUGGCGACCCAAGGCGCCCUUGACGUAUAACGAGAUCCGCGACCGCGCCUUGACCCAGCGCAUGUUUGUUAUUGACCGCGAGCGAUAUGCGGCAGAGAGCGAGCAAUCCCACCCGACCGAAACGGUGACGAUGGCGGGAACGACAGGCAACAUCUACCACAUCAUCGUCGACAAGGUGCCCUCGUGCGACUGUCCCCACGCGCAGAAGGGCAACCAAUGCAAGCACAUUGUCUACGUGCUGUCGCGGGUCCUCCGUGUGCCGGCUCACCUCGAAUACCAGCUCGCCUUCAUCACAACCGAGUUGCGCGAGAUCUUCGACAACGCCCCGCCGCUGCCUUCCGAGACCGCCAACGAGUCCGAGAAAGACGGCAACCGCAAGCCAAUAGAGGGCGAAUGUCCCAUCUGCAGCGACGAUUUCGAGCCAUAUAAUGCUAAAGAAAAAGUGGUUUAUUGCAAAGCUUCAUGCGGCAACAACAUUCACAAAGAGUGCUUCGAUAGGUGGGCCGCGACAAGGCACGGUGCAAGAGUUACGUGUCCAUACUGUCGUGCGCCUUGGGAGAGCGACGACCAGGGUGAUAUCAAGAGAGUCGCGACGAAUGGGCGGGUCAAUACCGAGGGAUACGUCAAUGUGGCCGGUCAGCUUGGUCUCAGUGGACGGCGAGACUACUCUACAUACAACGAGUAUUGGGUGCGGAACCAGAUGCGGCGAGGUCGUUCGGACUACGAGGCUGGUUGGGGAUUUUGA